AUGGGGCGAGCUUUCACCAUCGGGCUCGCUGCCUUUGCGGCCACAGGAUCGUUCUUGUUUGGAUAUGACAGUGGUGUGAUGACCGAUGUGAUUGAGUCGAAGAAUUUUCUCGCAUACUUCAAUACUACGCAAACAUCGUCUAUCAUCGGAGCUAUUAACAGUACAUUCUCUGGGGGAGCCGCCAUUGGCUCCCUCCAGGGAGGUCUUACGAUGGAUCGAUUCGGGCGUAAAUUUACCAUCCAAAUGGGAGCGGUCAUCUGUCUUGUUGGUGCCAUUCUCCAAGCCUCUGCCAAGAACCUUUCCAUGAUCCUUGUUGGUCGUAUCCUCGCCGGAUGGGCGGUCGGUCUCAUGUCCAUGUCGGUGCCGGUAUACCAAGCAGAAUGUGCGCAUCCUCGCUCCCGUGGGUUCAUUAUUGGUCUUGCACAGCAGAUGAUUGGUAUUGGGUUCAUUGUUAGCACAUGGGUUGGAUUCGGAUCCCUUCAUGCUCCCGAGACAAGCGAGUUCCAAUGGCGAUUUCCUCUCGCAUUCCAAGCCGUUCCAGCACUUCUCCUGGCGGUGGGGAUGUUCUUCAUGCCCGAGUCUCCUCGAUUCUUAGUUGAAAAAGAAAAGUAUGAUGAAGCGCUGAAGAUCCUUAAGAAAUUGCACUACGACGGCACAAACGAGGACUGGAUCCAAACGGAGUAUAAUGAGAUCAAGACUACCAUCCAGGCUGAGAAGUCAGUCAUGGUGUCUGGCUGGCUCGUCAUGUUCAAAGUUCCGCAAUGGCGUACCCGACUCUUACACGGUGUCCUCGUUCAAGUCUUCACCCAAAUGACCGGCGUCAACGUGAUCGGAUACUACCAAACCAUCAUCUACAACGCUUUAGGAAUUACCGGUAGCCGCAACAUCCUGGUGGCAGGAAUCUACAACUGUGUGGGUCCAAUCACAAACUUAUUCUUCAUCAUCUUCCUACUCGACCGCGUAGGACGCCGCAAGCCCAUGAUGUUCGGCGCGGCUGCGAUCGGCAUCGUCUUGAUCUGCUAUACUGGAUUACACUCACAUAACGAAGACGGAGCGAAGCGUGGGUACAGUAUCGGCGGUGUCUUCUUCAUCUUCUGCAUCACAGUCAUUUUCUCUUUAUCCUUUGGUCCCUGCAGCUGGACCUAUAUGGCUGAAGUUAUGCCAAUGCAGAUCCGAGGUAAAGGAAACGCCUUCGCCACCGGAAUUGGAAACUGGACCGUCAGUACCAUUUGGAACCAAGUAUCUCCGAUCGCACUGGAGAAAAUCCAGUGGAAGUUCUACCUUAUAUUCAUCAUAUGGAAUCUCGGCAUAACCCUCCCGACAGUCUACUUCUUCUUUAAAGAGACCAAGCAAAAGUCUCUUGAGGAAAUCGAUCUUCUCUUUGGUGGACGCGCCCUAGGCAGCUUGCCUGAGGAUGUCACUGCGAAGGGAAAUCUUGAAAUGGCCGAGACGGAGGUGUCGACUGCUAAUGUGGAACAUAGUAAGGUGUGA